AUGGAAAUUCUCCUGAAAGCAUCUCGCAUCGGACUACCAGUCUCAGACAGAAAAAUCUUCUCGAAGCAGAGAAAAGUACGAACUGAAAAUACUUUCCCAACAUUACUAAAACAUAUUUUGCUUCUACCAGUGCUAAGCCUUAUAACCCUGAUUGUAACACUAUGUGCAUUGUUCUUCGGAUGUUGCAUACCACAAGCUGUGAAGAGAUGGCCCUAUCCUAAUGACUGCCAUCGGUACUACGAGAGACGAUUGUUUGACUGUCCGCCGGAAUUUAAUUGGAACCCACAGCUUCAACAAUGUGAUCUUCAGACCCCCACUGGCUGUAUCCCCAUAAAUUCGAAUUCCAGUCCACCAGCGAUCAUAGAUCCAGAAAAUCCCGAUCUCUCGAAACUGUGUGAGAAUAAGCUCAACCAACUAAUACCCUACCCAGGGAAUUGCAGCCAGUACAUUCAGUGCGAUUAUCUGCCCUUCGUAAUGCCCUGUCCACAAUAUCUCUUCUGGAACUCCCAGCUCCUUACAUGCGAUAAAAUUUGUAUUUAGGCCACAAGUAGUUCGCAAUAAAGGAAUCGAAACAAAUUAGUUCUU